AUGGAAUUACCCGAUUUUCCACUUUUGCUCGCGCCAAUGGAAGAUGUGAGCGACCCACCUUUUCGUGCCGUGUGCAAAGAAAAUGGUGCAGACCUCAUGUACACCGAGUUUAUCUCCACCGAAGGACUCAUUCGCGAUGCGAUUAAAAGCCGACAAAAGCUAGAUAUUUUUGAUUACGAACGUCCUGUGGGUAUUCAAAUAUUUGGUGGCGACGAAGAAGCAAUGGCACUUUCGGCAAAAAUUGUAGAUGCAACUCAACCCGAUUUGUUAGACAUUAAUUUUGGAUGUCCGGUGAAGAAAGUAGUGUGCAAAGGUGCAGGAGCCGCUGUGCUGAAAGAUAUAGAUUUGAUGGUACGCCUUACCAAGGCCUGUGUGGACAAUACUAGUUUGCCUGUGACUGUAAAAACCCGCCUCGGUUGGGAUGAUAAUUCUAAAAAUAUUGAAGAAGUAGCUGAGCGAUUGCAAGAUGUCGGCAUCAGCGCAUUAAGCAUUCAUGGGCGCACCCGAGCGCAAUUGUACAAAGGCGAUGCAGAUUGGACACUCAUUGCCAAAGUGAAAAAUAAUCCCCGUAUCAAAAUUCCGAUUUUUGGGAAUGGCGAUAUUGACAGUCCUCAAAAGGCAAAAGAAUACAAAGAACGAUAUGGUGUAGAUGGCAUUAUGAUUGGACGUGCUGCUAUAGGCUAUCCUUGGAUAUUUAGAGAAAUCAAACAUUAUCUUGCUACCGGCGAAACCCUUGCUGCACCUAGCAUUAAUGAGCGCGUAAAUGCCUGUCGUAAACAUCUUGAAGGCUCUAUCAAAUGGAAAGGAGAGAAACUCGGAAUCCUCGAAAUGCGCCGACAUUAUGCCAAUUACCUCCGUGGCUUAUCUCAUGUCAAAGAAUACCGUAGCAGAUUGCCCGAAACUGAAGAAGAAGAUUAUAUACUCAGCCUCCGCAAAGCCUUGACAGGCGAGGCAUUAUCCUACGAAAUUGCUCCUUCUGACUACAAUAGAAUGGGCGAAGUUGAAGCAGUUGUUGUUGGUGAUAAAGGGCAAAGCCCCGAUUUUUUGUACAUCGGCUGCUCUGAUAGCCGAGUGACAGCCGAAGAUUUGAUGGGGGUUGGACCAGGAGAAGUGUUUAUUCAUCGCAAUAUUGCCAAUAUGGUAGUGAGCAUUGAUAUGAAUGUGAUGAGCGUGAUUAACUAUGCAGUAAGGCAUCUUAAGGUAAAGCAUAUCAUCGUGUGCGGACACUAUUCCUGCGGAGGGGUAAAAGCCGCUAUGCAACCACAGGAUAUGGGCAUUCUAAACCCUUGGCUCAGAAAUAUCAGAGAUGUUUAUCGUACACACAAGGAUGAAUUAAACGCAAUUGAAAGCGAAGAAGCACGAUACGAUAGUCGGGAGACUGCUGUGACCCACGACCUUUUGGCUCUGCUGUUUAGCUACGCCCCAAACUACGCCGAGCGGGGGCUUAAAAUACAAUUGCUUUGCGGAUCAGGAGAGGCAAAUAUGCGGCCCUUUGGAAAAUGUCGAAUAGCGGCUUCUAUUCCCGGAUAA